GUUGUGUAUAGGCUUUGAUGUCGAUGCUGAUGCCCUGGAAGUAUUUAACAGAAACGCUGAAGAGUUUGAGCUCACAAAUAUUGACAUGGUUCAGUGCAAUAUAUGUUCUUUACCUGAUGAAAUGGCAAAAACAUUUGAUACAGUUAUUAUGAAUCCUCCCUUUGGAACCAAGCACAAUAAAGGCAUGGACAUGGCUUUUCUCAAGACAGCUCUGCGGAUGGCGAGAACGGCUGUUUACUCCUUGCACAAAACGUCAACCCGCCAACAUAUUCAGAAGAAAGCUGAUGACUGGAAAGUGAAGAUGGAAGUCUUAGCAGGUACGAACCACCUCUCUUUGAACAGCCUGAAGGCACAUGAUGUGAUUCUGCAGCUGAAGUUCUAG